AUGCGGAAUAUUCGCCUCGAUUCUUUGCCGUCGGAUCGUGAGGUUGCUUCUCAGAGCUACGGCCUUCGUUUGAGAUGGGAUCAGGGAGUGGCGAGCAGAGGCAAAUUGAUGGGGAAAUCAGUCCCGUUACGACCUCAGAUCAAGCAUGGUGUACCACGCACACACAAACAAUCAAGGACCCUUCGCAUGAAGAAGCAUACCGAUGACGAAAACUCUCCCCGUUGCCAAGCUGUAUUGCACACAAAGCAGAAUGUCGAGCUUGUCGAUCGUCACGUCCGACAAGCGGCUCAUGCAGUCCUCUUUCAACAUUUCAACCACGAAGUCGCAUCAAAGCUUGCGUGGCUGGAUGGGCCCAAGAACCCAUGGCGAACUCUCGUACUUCCUCUUGCGCAACGCUCAUCCUGCUUGCGGCUAUCAACGCUGGGUUUGGCAGCAGCACAUAUGUCUGUCGUGUCUCCCCAAAAUAAGGCAGCGCUUGUUCACAUUCACCGAAAUCUUCGAGAUGCGACUCUAUGUCACCUAAACCGGCAGAUGGAAUCCGAGCUGAAGCGCGGAGUAGCGCGGUGCGAUAAGAUUACCGAAGCCUCGGUUCUCAUCGAGAUUAUUCUCACCAUGAUUUCUUUAUGCUAUGCAGAAAUGUUCAUACCGAACUCGACGAGAUGGAGACUCCACCUCAGCGGUGUCCGCACAGGAUUCGAUAGAUUUGACCUCGCAAAUCCACACGAAAAGGUAAUUUCUCAGUUCUUCAUCGAAGAACUUGACUACCUGGAGGCUUUCGGGAAUAUAUCGACAUUCAGCUCAACUUUGAGACGCCAUAGGCCCAUCUCACAGCACGCGACCUCUGAUGACUACUUCAAAGAAUUUACCGAAGCGCUUUAUGAGAUCACGGUUACCGAGAGAACCCGAGAUAACGCUAUUAGGACAGGGAAGAUACUUACUGGCACGGAUAUGACUGUGUGGCAAGACAAGCUCACGAGGUCUUAUGACUCCGUUUGCGCCCGCAUUGACUCUACCUCAUCACAAGAUGUCUCUCUCCAGAUAGGCCUUAAGUCUGUUCUCAAAGCUCAAUACUACGCUUGCCUGGUGUACAGCUACCAAGCUCUUGCUUCAGAGGCGGAAAGGUCAGUAGCUACUCCUCCGCUACUUGAUUGUCUCUACAACGAGAUCAUCUUCAUGACAUCAUGGCCAACAGAAUCUGUUUCACACAACAUCUCAUUCCCGCUGUUCAUACUUGGAACAGCUAGUCAGUUAUACACCGAGAAGCAAGUCAUGAUCGAGAGGCUUUUCACCGAAAACAUAGCCGCGACAGGAUUCUCCUGUAAUUCGGCAGUAUUGCAAUUUUUGAGAGACUUCUGGAACGCAACAGCAGCUGGGUCGACUCAAAACUGGAUACAGUAUGCGAGAGACAACGAGGAGCGGAUAAGCCCAUUUAUUGUGUUCUGA